AUGUCGAAAAGAAACUGGGAAGAACUCGCCGCCAAGAAGCGACAGGAGCUGGCGAACUCCAUACCCCAAGAGUGGCGCAUCCCGAGCCAUCUCCUCCCGCCCGCCGACCAGGACGACGUCACCGGCUUCCCCGAGGCCUCGGGAUGGUUCACAGCCGACGAGCUAGCUAUCACAAACCAGACAGCUUUGCAAUUACUACCGAAGCUCGCAUCCGGGGAGCUAACAUCCGAAGCCGUCACGCGUGCCUUCUGCAAGCGCGCCACCGCGGCGCACCAGCUGAUAAACUGUCUUUCCGAAACGUGUUUCGACCGUGCUCUCGAGACGGCCAAAAAGCUAGACGAGCACCUCGCGCAGACGGGCAAGCCAAUCGGACCUCUACACGGCCUGCCCGUCUCGCUCAAGGAUAACUUCAACCUAGCCGGCCUAGACGCGACCGUCGGCUUCGCAUCGCACGUCGGCGACCCGGCGAAAUACGACGCCGUGCUAGCGGACCUCCUGCGCGCGGCCGGCGCCGUCUUCUACGUCAAGACGAACGUGCCCACAGCCAUGAUGAUCGCCGAGUCCGUCAACAACGUCGUCGGCCGCACCGUCAACCCGCGGAACCGCCAGCUGACCAGCGGCGGCAGCUCCGGCGGCGAGAGCGCGCUCAUCGCGUUCAAGGGGAGCCCGCUGGGCGUCGGAACCGACAUAGGCGGGUCUCUGCGCAUCCCCGCCGCCUGCGCGGGCAUCUACACGCUGCGGCCCAGUUUCGGCCGGUUCCCGACGCUGCGCUGCCGAUCCGGCAUGCCGGGGCAAGAGGCCGUGCAGUCCGUCAACGGGCCGCUGACGCGCACCCUCGCCGACCUCGAGUUCUACUCCAAGACCGUCGUCGACGCCGAGCCCUGGCGCCUCGACCCGCGAUGUCUGCCCAUCCCCUGGCGAGCCGUGUCGCUGCCGCAGAAGCUGAAGAUCGGCGUCAUGUGGCACGACGGCAUGGUGCUGCCCACGCCGCCCGUGACGCGAGCGCUGCGACACGCGGUAGCGAAGCUCGAGGCGGCUGGUCACGAGGUGGUGGAGUGGUCGCCGGAGGACCAGACGCAAGGCGCGAAAUUGCUAGGCCGCAUGUUUUUGGCAGACGGUGGUAGAGCGAUCAUGCGAGAAUUGGAGAGGACGGGGGAGCCGAUACGGCCUGAAAUGACGAUGUACGCCACUGCGCGGGAGCUAAGCGGGCUCGAGUACUGGGAUCUGCACCUCGAGCGUCAGCAGUUCCAGAAGCAGUAUCUUGAUCGGUGGUUAAGCGCGGGUAUCGAUGCGAUCCUAUGUCCUACGACGCCGUAUAGCACUGUUGAAAACGGCAAAUUCAGACAUGUUGGCUAUACCGGCGUCUACAACGUGCUAGACUAUUCCUGCAUCUCCUUCCCUACGGGCGUCACUGUCGACAAGUCUGUGGAUGUUGCGUUAGGCGAUACAUAUAAACCCCUUUCGGAUCUAGACAAAGCCACCCAAGCCGAAUACAAUCCCGAAGCAGUACAUGGAAUGCCUGUGAGCUUGCAGCUGGUAGCGCAGAGAUUAGAGGAAGAAAAGUGUGUAGAGAUGUGCAAAGUUGUACUAGACGUAUUAUCAUAG